AUGAGUAAAUUUUAUUCUAAUGUCGAACAAGAAAUUCUCGAUUUUAUUCACCGAUGUCGUGACACGACGACAACAUCAUCUUCCGUUCCAUGUUUAACAACGAUUUCGCUCGAUACAUUCACAUUAGCAAUCGAACAUCUUCAUAGAUUUCUUCAAUUUUUAUUAACUUACACGCCGGAUGUGUCAAUCGAUUUCCAUCAGCUUAUUUCUAUUGUUAGUAAUUGUUCUGAACUGAUGAAUUACAUUGAUACAUAUCAAUAUCUAUUUAUUGAGUAUGCAAUUGAUGAUUACCUACUUCUCGACGAACAUUUCAAUGAAAUUUACGAGAAUGUCAUCAAAAUUCUGGAGUGUAUUCGUCAUUUACCAACAAUCAAUUCCGAAAUUUAUCAUUUAGACAAAGAACUUCGUCUCUAUCUUCCAUUGACUUAUUCUCGCUCAUUAUCAACACAGAUUGUUUCGACGUUAAUCGAUCAAACAUCUCGUUUAUUCUCCUCGUCAUACAAUUCUCUAUCCAAUGACACCGAAGAUGAUGAUAAUAACGAUAAUCAUAAUACGUGCAUCAUGUCAUCCAGUUUUCUCUUUAGUAGUUCACCGUUAAUAAUCAACUAUGAUAACGAUAACAAAAUGAUAAAUCUCAAUCAUUCCGAUUCGUUCAAUGAAUCGCGCUCGAUGAUACAGUUGGAUAAAAUCAAUAUUCGUACGACAAGUUUAACACAUUCACAAUUAACACCAUCAUUUCAAUUUGAUUUAACCGAGUUCGAGCAGAUUGAGAAUGAUUUAGAUCAAUCGAGUGAUUGGAUGAAAAUCGAACGAGAAGUUUUCCAUAAGAUGAUCUCUGUUUGGUCUCAUGAGAAUCUAACAAUUCAAACAAUUAAUCCUUGGUCGAGUGAAACCUUCUGGAUCUUAAUUAUGCAUUUUAAAUGUUCGGAUAUGAAUUUGAAAUACGAAUUCAUUCUUAUCAUCCAAUGGUGUUUUUGUCUGUUAGCUAUUCAAGCUUUCAAUCGUGAUUGGGAUUUGUUAUUUAGUAAAACAUUAACUAAUACAAUAAUGAACAAUCGCUGGCGAACGAUUUACUCGUCGAAAAAUAUUCAUGUCAGUGCAGUCGGUCAUCACCUGAAUCAAAUGUUUCUUCGUCUCAUUCGGAUCGUCGCAAUUUUACAGUACAUGAAAAUUCUCGCCGAUCAAUCCUCAUAUUUAACAUCCUAUUUCAUCAACCUCAUUUCUGUAAAUAUCAACAUGUUGACCCAACAGAUUGAGGGAACAUUUCAUUUAUUAUUGAUUUGGCUCAAUCAACAUGCCGAUGCUUUCAUUAACGCCGAUUUAUUAGAACGAGCAUUACUAAUCUGUACAACUGAUCAUAUGCAAAUAUCCAAAACAAUCGCCUACUUAGCCAAUUCGCUCCGACAGCUAAAAGAUUGUCAGCAACCGAUUACGUCAAUAACGAAACUACAUUCUUCAUGUCAGACAAUUGUCAACGAUACAAUAUCGAAACUAUAUCGUCGUAUUCAUAUCAAUGCAAGUCAAUAUUUUACUAAUAAAUUACCCUUAACAGCAAACGAAUGGCGACUAACGUAUCAGCAAACAUCUUAUAUGAUUACUGCGUGUGAUAAAUUAUUGAAAUCAAUCAUUAGUCAAAUUGAAUGUUUACAUUUUGAUACGAAAUUUAAUAUUUACGAGAAUGUUCUUUCAGCAUUUGUGCAAGCUUGGAUAAUGGUGUUACUCGAACGAAAAUAUCGAUUUUGUGAUGACAUGGUUAACAUCCUCCAAAAAGAUCAUGAAUAUUUGCAAACAUUUCUUUCGGAGAACAUAACCGAUGAAGAAACUGUCCAAGCACUGAAUCAAUCGCAAGCUUUGCAAGAAAUUGCCAGUAUUAUAAAAUUACUAAAAACAGGAGACAGAAACGAAUCGCUGCCUCAUAUACCCAAUCAAGACAAAUGGCUGCAGUCGAGAAAAUCUUCAUCGUCAUUCUUUGAAUGUUUUCAACAAAUCUGUUGUUGUCAACGGCGGAAUCGUGUUACGACGGGUCUGUCGUGA